AGAUGGAGCAGUCCCCUGCAAUGCGUUCUGACUACUUGGUCUCAGGGAUUCGAACUCCACCAGUGAGGAGGAACAGCAAACUGGCAACACUGGGCAGGAUCUUCAAACCAUGGAAGUGGCGGAAAAAGAAAAACGAGAAGCUAAAGCAGACAUCUGCAGUGCUGGAGAAGAAGAUGACAGCACGACAAGGUCGGGAUGAACUCAUUAAGAAGGGCCUUCUGGAGAUGAUGGAACAAGAUACUGAAGGCAAAGGCUGCACUGGUGAUGAUGCCACAAGAACAACACAGAGUGACCCUCCAGCUACUGCGUGCCAGGCACUUGCCUCAGAAGAGGUGCAGGAAGAGACUACAAUAGCAGCCACAACGGAUGUGACCUCAUUUGGUGAGGAGCUGCAUUUGGAUGAGCUGAAAGAAGAUGCAGCCAAGAAACCUUCAGCGCCCACGGAAGAAUUAGAUGAUGCCAGCCUGUCAGCAUCUGAAGACAGUCCACAAGCCUUACUUGUAUCUGAAUCCACAGAUUCCCCCCAGAAACAGACAGAAAGAAACCCAGCACAGCUUCCCAGUCCUCCGUUGCUCCCAGCUCCACCACCCAAGGCAAUCUCCAAAAUCACAAAGGGUGUAACAGCAGGAAGUGAAAUAGACGACCCAGCCAUGAAAUCUCCUCCUUCCACUAUCUUGAAGAAUUAUGUCAUUGUUGGUUCCUCCCAAAUCUCAGGACAAGCUGCCCUCUUCCAUCCCUCCGGCCAGAAAAGUUCAGAUCCCCAUGUCAGAGGACAGAUAACAACACCAACUGGUUCCCCUCACCUGGCUGCCGUCCAUCUGCCUUUACCUCCCAGCAGAGUCAUUGAAGAACUCCACCGGGCUCUGGCCACCAAACACCGGCAGGACAGCUUCCAUGGAAGAGAAAGCAAAGGCUCUCCAAAAAAAAGAGUGGAUGUCCGUCCAUCCAGAACAUCUAGCAUUGAGCGCAACAAGGAGAAGGAGAACUCACUGAGUUACAGCAGCGAUUCAGAAAAUAAGCGGAACUCGGUUAAAGAGUCGGAUGAGAACAAAGAGAAUAUGAUCAUGAACUCAGAGCUCAAAGAAGACUCUGUUUUUUAUCAGGAUGAGGAAGUUUUGAAUGACUCCGUUAUUUCUGGUACUUUGCCAAGAAAAUGCAAGAAAGAACUGCUGGCAGUGAAACUACGGAACAGACCAAGUAAGCAGGAGCUGGAAGACAGGAAUAUUUUCCCAAGGAGGACAGAUGAGGAAAGACAGGAAAUCCGGCAGCAAAUUGAAAUGAAACUCUCAAAGCGACUCAGCCAAAGACCUGCUGUUGAGGAGCUAGAAAGAAGAAAUAUACUGAAACAACGAAAUGAUCAAACAGAACAGGAAGAAAGAAGGGAAAUCAAACAGAGACUGACAAGAAAGCUUAACCAGAGACCUACAGUUGAUGAACUAAGAGACAGAAAAAUCCUGAUUCGAUUCAGUGAUUAUGUGGAAGUGGCAAAAGCACAGGACUACGACAGGCGGGCAGAUAAACCGUGGACAAGACUAUCAGCAGCAGAUAAGGCAGCAAUUCGGAAAGAGCUAAAUGAGUACAAGAGUAAUGAGAUGGAGGUACAUGCAUCAAGCAAACACUUGACAAGAUUUCACAGGCCAUAGAAAUUUUCUUCUGAGAAGAAUCUGUCUUUACUUUUUGAUACUGCUGCUGAACACACAUCAGGGGAUAUAUAAGUCUUUCCCUGAAGUUCAGUCCAGGAUACCUUGAUGUUUAUGUGAAAGAAGGACUCUGCAGAUGAAGUCUCUGCAGCACUUACGUACAGAACGAAACACCAGAUGUACUUCGCUCUGAAGCCAGAAGAGCGACGGCCUGUGGAGUGGGAUGAUCUGCUGAAAAAGACUGAAGUAAAGCUACUUGAAAGAACCCACUACUCUCCUUUAACCCUUGUUUUAAACUGUUUGGCAGUCUAUCUUGGAAAAGGAGAUGUGCAUGUACAGGCUUUACCAUUCCAAGGCCUCUGAUAUAAAUGGACAUGACACACUGUCAUUCAGUAUUACGCUGACAAGACAUUUUGAACUUACCACUAUUAGUUUGUAAAACACUUAAGUUCAUGUUCUAAAAACUAAUUUAAUGUAUUAUAAUUUCAUUCUUUUUUAUAUAAUGUCUAACAGAAUCACAGCUGCAAGCAUUUUUGAUUCCUGUUACUUUUGUUCUUUAAUUAAAUGACUACUUAUUGCAGGAAA